CACGCCUGCGCCACACUAACAAGAUGGCGGAGAGUGCGGAAUUGAAGCAAAUGGUGAUGAGCCUGCGUGUCUCGGAGCUACAAGUACUCCUGGGAUACGCAGGGCGUAACAAGCACGGGAGAAAGCAUGAACUCUUGACCAAAGCACUCCACUUGUUGAAGGCUGGCUGCAGCCCUGCCGUGCAGAUGAAGAUCAAGGAGCUCUACCGCCGCCGCUUCCCCACAAAGAUGGUGUCUCCGACAGACCUCUCCCUUCCGGGGGUCCACUCCACGACUGGCGGAGGUCAUGGAGGCUUGACUGCCAGCCUCACCCCGCUUGGGUUUGACAGCCACAGCACUCCUUCGCCUCUGCUGCCUGUCUCUCUUCUGAGCCCUAAGCAUGAGCUGGGCCUUCCACACCUACCUUCUGCCCUGCACCCUGUCCACCCAGAUGUCAAGCUUCAGAGGCUGCCUUUCUAUGACGUUCUGGAUGAGUUGAUCAAGCCCACCAGCCUGGCCUCAGACAACAAUCAGAGGUUUCAGGAAACAUGCUUUGCGUUUGCAUUGACACCUCAGCAAGUCCAGCAGAUCAGCAGCUCCAUGGACAUCUCUGGGACCAAAUGUGACUUCUCAGUACAAGUUCAGCUAAGGUUUUGCCUAUCGGAGACGAGUUGUCCUCAGGAAGACCAUUUCCCACCCAACCUCUGUGUGAAAGUGAAUGGGAAGCCGUGUAACCUCCCUGGCUAUCUUCCUCCGACUAAAAAUGGAGUGGAGCCAAAGCGACCAAGCAGACCCAUCAACAUUACCUCCCUAGUUCGGUUGUCCACAACAGUCCCCAACACUAUUGUGGUAUCUUGGACGUCAGAAAUCGGAAGGAGUUAUUCCAUGGCUGUGUACCUUGUCCGACAGCAGUCCUCUUCAGUGUUGCUACAGAGACUUCGGUCAAAAGGCAUCAGGAACCCUGACCACUCCAGAGCACUCAUUAAAGAGAAGUUGACGGCUGACCCAGACAGCGAAAUCGCCACCACUAGCCUGAGAGUCUCCCUGCUCUGUCCGCUGGGGAAGAUGCGGCUGAUGAUUCCCUGCCGAGCGCUGACCUGCUCGCACCUGCAGUGCUUUGAUGCUACGCUCUACAUCCAAAUGAACGAGAAGAAACCCACCUGGGUGUGUCCAGUCUGUGACAAGAAGGCCCCAUACGAGCACCUCAUCAUUGACGGGUUGUUCAUGGAGAUACUGAACAGCUGUGUAGACUGUGAUGAGAUCCAGUUUAAGGAGGAUGGCAGCUGGGCUCCUAUGAGAUCCAAGAAGGUGGUGCAGGAGGUGUCUGCCUCCUCCAACGGCCUGGAGGGUUCGUGUCGAGCAGUGGUGUCUGACCACAGAAACAGUUCGUCCAAUAGCAGCAGUAGUAACAGUAAAAAAGUAGAAGUGAUUGACCUGACACUGGACAGCUCCUCAGAUGAUGAUAACGAUGAAGAGCCUCCUCCCAAACGAGCCUGUCCGUCUCUAUCGCCUACAUCACCCCCUGUCAGCAAAGGGGUGUUGAAUCUUCAUCAUCAGGCAUCACCAGUGUCGCGAGCUCCCAGCAUGCCAGCAGUGGAAACGAACUACAUCCCCCCUCCCCCUCCUCUCAUUCAGGACUACCGCCACUAUUACCACACACCCAGUGACCUGUCAGAUCUGAAUUUCUUUUCAUUUCUACAAGGGGAAAAUCAUUCGCAUUACAACAUGGUGAUGGCAGCUGCAGCUGCAGCAUCGGCCUCGGCGUCAGCUUCAGAAGACCACGAGCUCCUUCUGAACCGCUUCAUGCCCUACAACUCAUCGCAGCUGUACCUGGAGCAGGCGGGCACACCUGUGAGCGGUUCACUGGCGCCGGUGAACGGCAGCGGGGGAAGCAGCAGUGGUAGCAGCAGCAGUCUGGUGUCCUCCAGCAGCCUGCGGGACACACACCCCCACAGCAGCAUGUCCCGCUCACGCUCAGACGCCGCCGCCUCCGUCAUAUAUGGCUCCAUCCCUGACGUCAUCUCACUGGACUGACCACACGAGGGCGCCACACCCAAAGACUAGCCCUUACCACCAUCCAUGGGAGACGAGAGAAAUUUGGUGCACUCAAAGAGGAUUUAGAUAUGAAUGGGGCAGAGAGAGCAGAGGGGGGAAAAAGGAGAGAACAAAGACUUUUGUACAAAGAAGAGAAGAAGAAGAAAAAAUGCUGUACAGAGAAGAAAUAUCUAUUUUCAGUUUUACUUUUGUAUAUAACCAACAGGACGCUGCCUGCCCAGCGAGUGACUUCAGUUGAGAUUUUUUGUGUGGAUACUGAAGAUGUUUUUUCACUGCUCUGUGUGUCGUCCCUUGACUAUCUUAUUCUGUACCUUUUAUACUCUUUUUUGGUAUUUUGUUUCACCACAAACACUUGCAGUCCUAAUCAUGGAAUCAGAUUCAUCUUGGUCAGUUUUUUUUUUCCUCGUCUUAUCGUAAGACUCUGGCCUCAGACAUUGUUUUGAUCUUUUGAGGGGUCAGUAUGUUAUUUAAUUAAACUUUCUUGUGCAGGUAAUUUAUGAGGCUUUUAACUUACGUAGUUUGUAUGCUGUAUAAAAAGCAUUUCCUUAUGCCAUUACAGGAUCUAGCCAUGAGGCACGCUCGGAACGGAAGCGACAGUCACCUCUAAUUCCAGCUUUGCAUUUACCUCCACCUAGCUCUCCUUUCUAAUCUUUUCAAAAGAAAUUGAGUUUUGAGCAAAUCAUGCAGAAAUCUCAUUUUGAAAUAAUCUAAUUUUGAUCUGUUUUGAGUCACUCAUCAAUUGGGCAAAAAAAUCAGAGACAAAAUUGAAAGUGUCGGGUACUGGGGUAUGAUGUGUUUAUGAAGUAAAUCACCUGAGGAAUUUUGUGUUAUAACAGAAGACUGAUGGAGGUGUUCCAUUCUAUCCACCUUCAGACUUUAAGGGACACUGAAAUUAGAUUGUAUUUAGAGCCCUCUUUAAGGGCACAUUGGCUUUAUUUCAGGAGCCAAGCACUGAGUUUUAUGUUGAAGGAGGAAUUGCUUUUGGCUCCAGCUUUCUCAUAUUAAACAUGCUGCCUGUGCUGAUUAUUAGCCUUCACUUCUGCAGAACAUCAGAACCACUUCCAUUAAAUUGUCCUAACGACCACAUUAUCCUGAACUACGCUCGGUUGCAGUGAUCAUACAUUUUUGUCUGUCUGUCUGAACAGGGCGUAUUCAACUUGAAGCACACCCCCAUGGUCAGAAAUGUAAACAAGUGCAUAAACAAAGAAAUAUGAACUUUGUCUUGACUGCCUGGAAGUGGUUAAAACUAGCAUUGUAUUCAGCAUACGUACCUGAUGUCUCUUCCAAUGGUUUGGGAUAACAGUUGCCGUAUUCUCAUAGCCCUUGGGGCUGUGAUGAUCAUCUCUCUGAGUUUCUUUAAAGGGAUAGUUUAACGUUUUGACAAUGUAUUUUUUUCUUACUGAUGAAGAGUAGUACUGUUAUUUUCCCUCCUCCUUUUCAUUCUACAUACAGUGCGAAUGGACUGUAACUGUUUAACAUGAUGAUAGGAUAUCUACAGAAUCUUAGCUAAUACUGAAACAGGAGAUCCCUGUUCUAAUACAACAUUUACAUAUUCAACAAAUAUAUGUAAAUUGUUUGAGAAAUAUUGAUAUUUGGACCUGUUUACCACCAAAUCGCUCAUUAAUCAACUGCCUAGGCUUGUCACGAUCAUUACAUUUUAGCUGAUGAUUCAUUGCAGUAUAAAUAAUUGAAAAAUAAUUGAAUUGUCUUGUUAAUUGUAUUGCAACUAUUAAAGUACAAGCGUAAAAUGGCUAAAUUGGCAGAUAGUUGUUGAUACUUCAUAGCUCAAGCUCACAAACAAACAUUACUCACUGCUGCCCUCUGAAGUGAUAAGUCAGAAGUUACAACUUCUGUCUGAAUAAAAAUUCUUCUGCAUUUUUUUGUUUUAUUUUAUUGCCACAGCCACGUGGAUGAAAAUGCAAUUUGCAUUGUUUGUUACACUUUAAACAUUUUAAAUGUGACAGUGAAAGCUUACAGUUAUGUAAUAAUUGUGACAGGCCUGCCACUGCCUAUAGGAAUUUUCACCUGUGAGGCUCGCUUCUGAAGCUGUUAUAAGGGAGUUGUGUAGCUGUUCCUGUAGAUUCCUACAUCCUCGUACAGCAUAAUAGAAACAGUACAGCCAUGUGAAUUUGUGCAUGUAGAAGGAAAGCCUUGACUGCCAAAAUGUUUAACUAUCCUUUUAAAUUCUAUUAAAUGUUUUUGUAGGUGAGCUCACAGCUACGUCAUCGUUGCUGCCCCCCCCCCACCCCUUUGUAUAAAAUUGAAUUUAUUUAUUUUAAUCUAUAUAUUUUUACUAUUUGUUUGACAAUUAUGCUUUACUGUCAUCUGUCAUUGAACAUUUAUUUCCUUAUUAAUUAUUUAAAGAGCUCUUGUCACUUGCUUUGCAUUGUAACAAGUAUCUUUUUAUUUGUCCUUGUGUCUCUCGUUCUCUCAUAUUGAUCUUUGUCUGUGCUGUACCAGAUGGUUGAGGCAUUAAUUCCAUCUCCUGAAUCUAUCAUGCUGUGUCAGAUUUGACCUUUUUGUUGCAAUUAAACACUUUAACAGUGAAUGCCAGCUGAGUGUGGAUAUACUCUGGCUCCAUUGUGACGUAUACCUGGUAAAAGACCCUUCAUAUAGUUAGACAGGCUGCAGAUCCAUUACUCACUGUCACUGUGGUCCAGACACUGGCCGUUUUAAGGCAUAUACAGAGCAUAUAUACGUGCGGAGCCUGACUAAAAUCAUCACACACAUGCACUGAGGGACCAUGAACUGAUCUCAACCACCUCCAAGAUGAGAUUACACUGAAUUUAAGCCAUGACGAUGAGUUCGCUUCAGCUUGCAGCCCUAGGGUUUAUUUAUUUUUACCCCCCACAAGGAUUGCCAAGCACACAGUCACAUACUGCGAGCUCUUUCUUUUACAGUAUACAUGUUAAAUGGCCCCUCAGUUAACACACCUCACACCAUUUUCAAAUUAGAAGCAAAAUCAUACCACUAGACAAGGGGGUCAGCCCAUUUUAGCUGUACCAGUACGACUGGCAAGCAUGAGUUCUCUCUGCCUUAAAUUCUUGUAUUAUUUUAUGGUACAUUGAGAGAAAUCAUUAUGUAUAUCAAGCCACUAUUGGUUUGUACAAAAUAUCAAAUAAAUUAUUUAUUAUUUG